AUGAGUUCAUCUAUAACAAAAAGCAAAGGCUCAUCAAAACUACCUUUGAAACCAAUUCAACCAACUCAAUACUGGACUUUUGAAAAUGCAUUGAAUUUAAUUAAAACAUGUGAAGAUCCAUAUUUAUUAGAUGCGUUGGAUGAUUUUUUGUUAUUGAUAAAAGAUGUAAUACUAGAUCCACAACCAUUUAGAGCAACAAAUAAAUCCAUAAAGAUUAAAUCAGAUACGAAAGAGAUCUCGAUUCAUAGUAUACUAUAUACUGACAUAACACCUAAAAUGGUUGAAGAUGGAGAAAUCAUUAGUACAAAGUUGGAUCUUGAUAUUAAAGAAGUAAUUAGAGUAAUAAGUCAAACAAGCAAAAAAAUCCCACCAAAGUCAAGUCCCAAACUAAAUUUCAAAAGCAAAUUAUACGAUGAAAAAGAUCACGAAUUUGAAUCUGAAAACAUUAACCUUUACAUACUAAAUAUUUUAAGAGAAAGAAGGAUUGUCUUGAAAAUUGCAUUGGAGCUUGCAAAUAAUAAAACAAAUCAUUAUGCGUCAUCAGUAAUACGAAAUAUUGGCAAAGAAUUAUUUUUGUCGGACUCAUACCUCAAAUCAUUACUUAGUUCAAUUAAAAGUACAGCACUGUUUUUAAUUAGCGAAUCAUACAGUACCGGAUUAUCAGAUCAAAUAGAUCAAACUAUAUACAACGAGACUGUUAUAUUUCUCAUUCAAUCUUGUAAAUUAUUAAUUGAAUUGUCAAUACAGAAUCCUUUGGUAAACAAGUUAAUAGUAAAAGAAUGGUUUGAGCUUUUACGUGUUACAAAAUUUGGAGUAGCAUUGGGUUCUCAAAGAUUAUAUCAGGAAGCAUAUGAAUUAAUACAAGCAUUAUUCACAGUAAUAACAGUUGAAUUUUUGGAUCUUGAGAACGCCUAUGAAUCUGAAAAUGAAAAUAAGGAUUCAUUUUUGGGUGACCUAGAAACAUUUGAAUUUAUCAAUAAUAUUUGUACCAGUGAUUACAACAAUAACUCAGUAAUAAUAUUUAGUUGGACAAUCAUACUAUUAAGAAAAUCUUUCUUCCUUCAAGAGAAUCCAGACUCUCCCGUAUCUAAAAUUUUUGAAUCUAAAUUCAGUAUCUCAUCAAUUGAUAGAAUUGUCAAUCAAUUGAAUAAAAAGAGUCUAAAUUUCGAUGUUUUUGGUUUAUUAAGAAAAGUUAAUGAUUUAUUGAAAUAUGAUCCUUUGUAUUCUGCUAUAUUAUCAACAGUCAUAACUUCAUCAGUGGCAUUAUUAGAGCUCACACCUGAGAUUACUGGCACAAUAUUAUGUGUGAUACGGAACUGUCCAAAUAAUAUUGUUGAAAAUUUUUUUAGUAAUGAAGCUACAAUUGAUACCUUUAUAGUUGCAAGGGCAAAAUUCCCACUUUUAUUAUCUCCAUAUAUCAAAUUGGCAUCCAUCAAUGGUAAUUUUGCAUUACAUGAAUUUAAUGAUUUGAAAUCAUACAUUCAAAACUACAAAAAGGACUACUUCACACAACAAUAUCAAAUAGAUGAACAAAAUCCAGAACUAAUACAAAUUACAAAUGAACUCAAUGUAUAUCCACCAUUUGAGUCAAAUAAUAAAUUAGCAAUGGCUUUAACAACAGGAACAAAAGCAAAAAUCUUACCAGCUGCAAGUCAGGAUGAAGUUUUGGUAACGUUUCUUUAUCAAUAUAACGGCUGGGCUUUUGUUGGUAGGGUUUUACAAAAUCUUCUGAAGAGCUUUAAUAAUAAAGAUGUGUUAAAACAAGAGAUUAUUGUUGACAUUUUAAAUUUGAUGAAUAACGUUGCGUUAGAUAAUGGUACUGAAGAACUUAAAUUAAUGUUAGAGUCCAUGUCAGCAUAUACUGAUGAUACUGAUAUUUUGGAAAUUGUACUUAGCUUUUUGGAACAAUCAUUGCACUCUAGAGAUGUUUCAAUAUUGACUGCUGCAAUGAAUUUGUUGACAACAUUAUUGCCAGUUGUUUCCAAUAGAAUAUGGCCAUAUUUAGCAAAAUCUGCAUUACUUUCCAGAGAUGGUAAAGAAGGAUUGGCUUCGGUUAUUUUUGGUGCUGUGGAGAUGGUCAAUGGAGAGUAUAAAUUUUCAGCCUCACUCAUAAAUUUUGCUUCAUCAUUGAUAAAGGAUUGUAUGUCAUUAGAGAAUAAUUAUCCAUCAAAAACAAAGAGUGAUUAUUUAUACAAAAUUUCAGGUCAUUUAGUAUUUUUAUUUGAAAAUAUUUCCUUUUGUCGUUUUAAUCAUUUUAGUGAAAAAAUGCAGAUAAGUAUAUCAUUAUUGAAAUUUUCUUCCACAGUUUUAACUACAGCGUUUGGAGUUCAAGAGGGAACUAUUCCAGAAAACAAAAUUACAAAUGUAUUUGCUUCAAGUGCCAAAUAUAUACUAGAGUCAUUUUCGGCAAUUUCAAUUAAUUCUGCUCGUGCAAUCAUACCCUUGCUAAAUGUUAUAGAGGCAGUGUCGCUGAACUUAAACUUAAUAGAAUUAUCUGACAGUACAGGAGCUUGGUACGAUAAUUAUAUAAAAUGCUCAUUCACAUUUUCAAAACUAAUCAUUGACUUGAGAAGUAACUUGAAGUUAAAACCACUGGCUUUUGAACGUGAAUUAUUUAAAAACUCGGUUCAGUUGGUCAAGAUAUUUGCAGGUGUUGAAUCCUACAGAACUACAUCCUUAGAUUUGCUUACCAGUUUAGUGGGUGCUGACUGGCUUGAUGAAGCAACUCCUUCGUUAUUAUCGAAUUUGGGAAGUAGUGGUGCUCAGAUAUUGAAAAAUUCCUUAGCAGUUGGAUUAGAUAAUUCUUUUGAUGAUUACAAGGUUAAAAUCUCAUUGGAUGAUUUUAUAUGUGCUGUAAUGAGCAGUACUCAAGAAGGAUUAAUUGUUUUAUUUAAUACUGGAAAAGAUGCAUAUGAAGAUCAAAAGAAUGAUAUCAAGAAAGAACCAAAAUUAUCAUUAGUUCAGAUUUUGAAGAAAAAUUUAAGGGAAAUUAAAUACUAUCCUAAUUCAGUCAGUAUACACUUAAUUGAUGCUAUAGCUUUAUCUUGCAAUUCAUGGACAACUGUAAAAGAAACAAAAUUUGAUGAAGAAUUUAUUGAUUUAUUACUAGAUAGAAUUAAAAUACAAAUCACAGAUCCACCAAAAUCAAUCGAAGGUUACGUUAGCAGAUGCUAUGAAGUUAAGCGUGUUUCAAAGAUCGCAGAUAUAUUAGCAUUAUAUUUAUUUACCACAAAAAAUGAAAAAUGUAAAAAGAAAAUAAUUGAUUCAAUUAAUUCAAAAGAAUUCAUUGAAGUAGCUGAGAAUAAAUUUGAAAUUCACAAUUACCAAGCGUCUUUACAAACUAAUUUAGAAGAUUCUUUCCAUUCAGCUUAUCCAAAUUUAAAGCUUUCACAAUUUACUACUUCAUUGCAUAAAAGAGAUGAAGUCAGUUCCGGUGCAAUUUACAACUUGAAAUUAAUGGAUAUAUUGUUCCAAAAUUCAAGUGAAUGGACCCAAAUUAAAGAACAAAUCAUAGCAUCAAGUAUAAAUACACAAUAUCUGGAAGCUCAAUUGAAUGGUGCACAAUCAUUUAAAGUUUUAUUGACUAGUUUUUGUCGUCGAUAUGAAGGUAAAUUGGUUGUUGAGUAUCUAAAUUUUAUCAACUUUUUAUUAAAAACUAAUAUUGACGAAAAUUUACCAACUGAACAAUUCAGAUCCAUAUAUUUUGAAAGAAUUGACUUGGGCUUUUAUUUAAUUUAUUCAUUCUUCACAAGAAAAGUUGAAAGUCAAGGAGAAAAAGUAUUGGAAAUUUUGAAAAGUGCAAGCACUUUAUUAACUUCAAAUGGUAUGAACUUUGCAUCAGACUUAUCUUGCUCAAGUGGAACAUAUAGACCAUUAUUACGAAUCAUAUUCUGUGCUUUGAAUAUGAUAGAAGAUAAUUCAUCAAUAAUUUUAGGCUUUUCAAGUUUAUUUGAAAAUUUAUUCGAAUCAAUAGUUACAAAAAGUAUAAAAGUUUUAUCAAUUGAAUUACAAAAUGAUAUAUACCUAUCUAAAAAUAGUGGUAAAAAGGAAUUGUCAUCAAAAGUGUAUGAGGAAUAUGAUGAUUUAUCAUUAGUUUUAUCAAUUCUUAAAGUAUUUAUGAAUUUAAAAACAAAUGGACCAAUGUUGAACAACAAAAUGGCAUCAUUAAUUGAACAGUCCAAUACUAGCAAGACAUUAAUUAAUAUGUACACAUAUUCAUAUCAAAUUGAAAUAAAUGAAGAAUUUGGCUUUGCUCAAUUAAGUUUAAUGUUUUUAUUAGAAUUUAUGUCAAUCGAAUCAGUUGCUAAUAGUAUUAUUAAUUCUGGAUUAUAUGUUACAUUAUUAGAAAGUCCAAUUUCGAAACCAAUAAGAAAAGGAGAAUUAUCAAUUACAAAUAAUACUAAAUAUUAUAAAUUGUGGAUAAAUGGAAUUUUACCAAUAAUUAUAACAAGUAUUUAUAAAUUAGGUGCAAUAGUAGUACCUGAAAUAUGUGUUGCUUUACAAUUAUUUGAAAAACAAAUUGAUUUUUGUUUUAAUAGUUGGAGUAAUGAUUCAUCAAGUAUUAAAAUUUCAUCAGCAAUGUUAAUUGAAACUAAUCAAUUAAUAGUCAUUUAUGAUUUAUUAAAAGCAAUGAAUGUUGAAGAAUAUUUAAAAACUCAAUUACCUCAUAUUAUUUUGGGAAAUGAAGAUAUAGAUAUGAGAAUACUACCAGGUAUUGAAUCAGCAUCCAAAAGAGAUGAUUUUAUUGAUUGUAUUGAUAAUUUAUUAAAACAUCCUAAAUUUUUAACAUCUCGUAUUAUCCCCAGUUCAAAUGAAGAACAAGUUUUAUUUGAAAGAGGUGGUUUAGAAUUUGAUAAAUUUGUUAAAAAGAUAUUUGAAGAAAUUAGAGGUUUGAAAACUAUUAUAAGUGAUGAUUAA